AUUGACGAGGAACAACGACUACGUAUCUUAAAUUACGAAUAUCGAUGUGUGUCGCGUCGAUUCCAAGGGACACCGAAAAUUAGAGUAGUCGUUUUAGCGCGAAGAGGCCAUUCGUUCAUACCGCUGUUACGAAAAAGUCAAGCGUAAAUAAGACACUUAAUUAUUUCUAUUAUAAAUAAUCAAAGAUCUGCAACGUGCUAUUUGACAGACUCGCUCUGCGUAAUUUAAAUACGAAUAUUCCUUUUAAGCAAAUAUUUGAAUUAAAUAUAAAAACAUAACCUAAGUUUCAACGAUGGUGAGCCAAGAGAGUCAAAUUGAUUGCAACAUAAAUAUAUAUUUUGUUAUACCGAACAAAUAUAAGUCUGAAACCGAAUGUUCUAUAAAUAUGUGGAAUGCUUUUGACCAAUGCUGCGAUUUCGAUAUUAAGCCGGUAUGGAUCACCGAAGAGGAUUGUAACAAAUUGAAGCCGGAGAAGACCGAUAUAUUCGUAUUGGAAGAGUUCAAAGGCAGUUUCUUCGAAUGGUUACAAAAUUUCAAGUGUUCCAGGAUAGUAGGACCAAGAUGUUUAUUAACUUGUUUUUUAAACGGAGAACCUAUUCCAGAAGGCACGAGCCCAAUUUAUACGACAGCUAUGAGAGGACUUUGUAUAUCGGUGUCCGGUUUGACGCCAGAAAUGAAAAAUCACGUGCAACAACUGGUAGAAUACAUGGGAGGUUUUUUUACGAAACAAUUACGUAAUUGUGUAACGCACUUAGUAACCAACUCUGUCAUGUCUGCAAAAUAUGAAAGAGCUGUAGAAUUGAAGAUACCGGUUGUUACAAAAGAUUGGAUCGCAGCCAUAUGGGAAGAAAAUUUAAAUAAUUUUAUUAAAGCGAAUGAUCCAAUAUUCGAUAAAUAUAAGUGUCCUGUUUUUAUGAAUUUAAUUGUUACGUCGACAAAUUUAUCCAAACGUCAAAAGGAAGAAAUCAAGAAUUUGAUAAAUAAUAAUGGAGGGACGUUCAUGGGUCCUUUAGAUGGUUUAAAAGUUAAAAUUGUUGUCGCACCAGAAAAUAGUUCACUAACCGACAAGUUAAAAUUUGCAAUGCAGAAUAACAUAGCAUGUUUAAAGCCAGAAUGGGUAUAUGAAAGCUUGAAACUCGGAUAUGCAUUGCCGUUCAAUAAUUAUCUUAUAAAAUCUACGAAAGCAUGUUCAACGCCAGAAAAGUUGAAAGCGCACGAGAUGGAAAGUUUGAACUUUUCGGCGAUAAGUACCAUUAAUAGUGAAUUACCACAAAAUAAUUAUGUAGACGAAAGUGUAGCAUCGACAACUACCAAUGUUUCUUGCAUGGACGUUGCACCGACUAAAACAGGCGCGCAGCUUACGGUUUUAGAUCGAUUGACCCUUAACGAAGCAAAGAUGGCUGGACCAUUUUUAGAUGGUUGCAAUAUUUAUCUUGCUGGCUUUACAACGAGUCAAAGGGAUAAACUCAACAGAAUUUUAAACGUAGGUAGUGCAACGCGUUUGAACGAUAUAUCGGACGCUCUGACGCAUGUUAUCAUCGGAGAUGAAAAUAAAGCAUCUAACGAACUGAAAUUAAUGAAGUCGGCAGGAUUGUGCCCGUAUAUGUUAAACAUUAAUUGGAUAGAGGAAAGUAUGAAAUUGAAGAGGCCUGCACCGGAGGAAAAAUUUGUGUACGAGUCGAAAGGUAAUACAACGAAAACGAGUAACGAGCCUCCUCCUUCUCCUCUAAGUAAAAAGAAUUUACAAAUGCUGCAACCACCGAGACGACCAUCGAUUCCACGUUUCGAUAUCGAUAAAGCAUCGAAGGAAAGAAAUGACGAGGACAUUUUAAAUCAGUAUCUGCAAAAUAUCGUUGUCGAGGAUAAAUCGGUUAAAGAAUUCCUAAAGCCUUAUACUCCUGACAUCAAUGAGAAGGAACGAGAAACAUCCAAGGAGAAUGCUCCUAAAUUAAGUAUCAAAAAUAAUCAACGAGCAUCAACGUUAGAAACGAUUGAAAAUAGAGAGUCGGGAAACAAUAGCUCGGUACCAUUCAGUCAAGAAGAUCCAGAAUCUACCAUGAAGAUAUUUACCGGUUUCACAUUUGUUAUAACCGGCUUCAGUGACGACGAGGUACAGGAUAGUAUUAGUGCUUUAGGCGGUGAAGUCGUUUCAAAUAUUUAUUCAGGGAUCCCGGAUUUUGCCGUUGUGCCUACGUGUGGAGCAUCAUUGAGACACGCGGUUAAUGAAAUUGUUACCGAUUUAUUUGUUGAAGAUUGUAGGAAUCAGGAACAAAUAGUCGACGUGGAAUACUAUCAUAAACCAUUUUCUAUAAGUAAAGAUAUAAAUCCUCUAACGGGUUGUAUCGUUACUUUAAGCAUGUAUACAGGAGUAGAAAGAAUGUAUCUUUCUAGACUGGCAGAAGAACUUGGAGCUAUAUGCCAAGACAUACUUGCACGUAAAACAAACGAGGAAAAAAAUACUUACGCUAGUACUCACUUAGUCUGUCCUACGCCGGAGGGACAUAAAUACAAAGCAGCAGUUAAGUGGAAAUUGCCAGCUGUUACCGCUGAAUGGUUGAAGGAUUGCGGAACAAGAGUAAAACGCUUAGACGAAACGCCUUAUCUCGUCGGCGAAACAAAAGCCCCAGAGAGACCUGCGGAAGCAGCGAAUGUGAGUAGUACGAGAGAAAAUUCAUUUGCGAAAAAAGAAAGUCGAGAAAAACCUGUCGUGCCCAUUCCCAGACAGAUAAUUACUCCCAAACGACAAUUAGCCCAAAUCAAGAAUCAAGAAACGAAUUACGAUGGAACACCGUUGAUAAAUAAACGACUUAAUUUAGUUAUGAACAGUACACCGCCUUCCCCCUUUCACGUAUCCACGCCAGAAACACCGUACGGUCAAGUUAUUAAGCCAAAUCCUUCUCCAGACACGAGAAAGGCAUGGAUCAAAUGGGUGAACGAUUUUCCAGAUUUGCGCGUAGAAGAACCCCCUCUAAAAAGAAGAGCCCCUAGCACGCCAUUGUCCGACUUGAAAAAACAAUUAUGGGAACAAUUAAAAGUGCAAGGACAAAGAACUGAGGAGGAUGCGAAUACGUCGAUGAUAUCAACGUGUAACAAUGUCGAUAACGAUUUACCGGAAGAAGAUAAAUCCGUAGAACGGAACGAAGAUACGUCUCCCAAAAACACCUCCAUCAAUAGAAAAUUAAAUUUCUCUCAACAGAGUAAUAGUCCGAUUCAAAAUGUACAAAUAAAUCUGCAAAUAGCUCAGAUGGAACAAGCACUUAAACGAACGUCAGGUACCGAGGUCAGGCCACUACCGGACGAAAAUGGAAAACCGUAUGAAAAUACAGAAUCUAUGGAUAAUAUACACAAAUAUAUUGCUAAAGAUUCACAGCCGGACACUGUGGGAUGGGAAGAUCCUGAUCAUCGUACGGUGAUUAGACCCUCCACGAUAUAUGAGCAAACAAACGAGGAUGAAGAAACUUGUCGAGAUGAAACCGAUCGAAGUAAUCAUUACUCGAACAAGGAUAUUACAUUGGAAGACGGAGACGAUCGGAGCCAACCUUUGGUCAAACGGAAAUUCAUGCUCUCUGGAAUACGGGACAGAACGACGUACGAGCAAGUAAUACGAAAUCUUGGUGGGGAUGUGGUCAACGAUGCCAGUUUUGAUCCAAGCGCAACGCACUUGAUGUGCUUAAGACCAUCGAGAAAUGAAAAAAUGCUCGGCAGUAUCGCCACCGGAAAAUGGGUCUUGCAUUGCAUGUAUUUACGAGAUUCCGAAGCUAAUGGGAAUUUUCUUGACGAAGAGAAAUAUGAAUGGGGCAAUCCAAAAAGUAAAGGAAUUAUACCGGAUACUACAGGAGAGGUCGAGAAUGCGAUAGCAGCAGCAGCUCACAGAUGGAGGAUAAAAUUAUUGAAGGAACCGUAUGGUCCUUUCCAUGACAUGGUAGCCUUGUUAUUAGCUUCGGAAGAAAAGUACGAUCAAUUUAAAAGGCUCAUCGAGGCGGGAGGUGGUACGGUGGUACAAGCACGACCUCCUUACGACGUAAACUCGUCGGGGAAAAAAAUAACGCACUGCUUCGUGAAUAUAAAGCAGGUCCAACAACCUAUCGAUUGGGCUAGAUUAGCGAGUAAAGGCAUUCUGUGCUUUUUGCCACAAUACUUGAGCGAUCUUCUUACGGCGGAACCACCUUUCAAUCCUAGAGAUCGCGUGAUACCCGAAUUCAAGAAAUAUCUUUCUCUUUUGCCGAAAUAACAAAAUUAAUGCGCAUAAGUGAAUACGAAUACAAGGAAGUAACGAUUAAUAUACUUGAUCGCAAGCUUCUUUUAUAUAAUAUACAUGUAUAUUUAUUUAUAAAGUUAAAAAAUUGUAUAUAUAGUA